GCAUCAUCAUCAUAAUCAUCAUCAGCAUCAUUAUCAGUCGCAGCAGCAGAGCACGACACACCACAGCUCCACAUCAACGCCGGCAUCAUCAUUAACAGCAUCAGCAUCAUCUUCCUCAUCAUCUUCAUCUUCAUCAUCAUCGCAUGGCGGUGGAGCUGGUGGUGGUGGGGCUGGGAGUGGGAGUGUUGCUGGUAGCCUUAACGGGUGCAACGGCAGCGCCGUUAGUCGUUUAUCGCAAUCAACGGGCAUGUCGCCGCGUGAGCUCUCAGAGAACGAUGAUCUAGCCACAUCGCUGAUACUUGACCCGCACCUGGGCUUUCAGACGCACAAAAUGAACAUACGCUUUAGGCCGCACAAAGUGGGCAUCCAGCAGCUGAAGGCGAUCGUCGAUGAUUUCAUUCAGACGCAAAACUACGAUGUUGCCACACAGUGCAUAUACGAUGGCCCCUGGAUUCCCCGCCAUCUCAAAACUAAGAACAAAAUCGCCACCAAGCGGCUGCACGACCACAUUGUGCGAUAUUUGCGUGUCUUUGACAAGGACAGCGGCUUUGCAAUUGAGGCAUGCUAUCGUUAUUCUUUGGAGGAGCAGCGGGGCGCCAAGAUCAGCUCGACGAAACGCUGGUCGAAAAACGAGAAAAUCGAAUGUCUGGUUGGGUGCAUUGCGGAACUGACUGAAGCGGAAGAAACGGCGCUGCUGCAUUCGGGCAAAAAUGAUUUCUCUGUGAUGUAUAGCUGUCGAAAGAAUUGCGCACAACUCUGGCUGGGACCCGCUGCCUACAUUAAUCACGAUUGUCGCGCCAAUUGCAAAUUCCUUGCCACCGGCCGUGACACGGCCUGUGUGAAAGUGCUGCGAGACAUUGAGGUUGGCGAGGAGAUAACCUGUUUCUAUGGCGAGGAUUUCUUUGGGGAUAGCAAUCGGUAUUGUGAGUGCGAGACGUGCGAGCGGCGCGGAACUGGGGCAUUUGCUGGGAAAAACGCAGCAAACCACAUAAACGAAACGACACUAGGCCUGACCAAUGGAUUGGGCUUGGGUCUCGGCCUGGGCGCUGCCGGCGGCGCCAAUGGCGGUGGCUAUCGACUGCGCGAGACAGACAAUCGCAUUAAUCGGAUCAAGAGUCGCGCCAACAGCACGAACAGCACCUCCAAUAGCAACAGCAACGACAGCAGCAAUGCCAACAGCAACAGCAAUGGCUUAACUACGCAACCGUCAGCUGUGGUGCGGCCCAAGAGCAGCAGCAUGGAGCUGAAUGCUGUCGCUUUGGUGGACAGGAAUAAAGUGCCCAUUGUGGUUGUCUCGCCGUUGACAAUGAAGGCACUGCGCCAGAAGGGCAUGACCAAAUACGAUGCCGAAAUGAUAAUGGCCAAUGCGGCCUACCAUCAACAGCAGCAGCAGCAGCAACACCAUCAGUUUCACCCACACCUGCCACACACAACAGCAUCAGCAGCCGCUGCCGCUGCCGCAGCCGCAACCCAUGUGCAGCAGCAACAUGUGGAGGCCAGUCAAGCGACGGCCAUGCAGAAGCCACAGGCAGCCGCUGAAUUGAGUAAUGGACGCGCUGUUAUCACGCUGCGCAAAUCGAUGCGUGUGAACAGCACGAGCAGCAGCAUUUCCACAGCAUCCACUGAUGAACCGCUGGCCAGUUAUGGCACCAGCAGCACAAUAGCACCAGCAACAGUUGCAGCGCCGCCAGCCGUUGCAACAGUACCAGCAACAGUUGCAACCAUCGGCAAAGCGCCAGUGGUGCUGAUUCCACGCUACAAGCCAGCGGCAGCUCUUGCAGCAGUUCUCCAACAGCAGCAGCAACAUCAACAUAAGCAGCACCAACAGCAGCAGCAACAACAACAACAGCUGCAAAAACAACAGCAGCAGCAACAACGCCAGCAACAGCGACACCUUCGACGAAGCGAGCGCCAAACGCAUCGUCAAAAGAUGAAUGAAAGCACCGGCUCGGACAGCACACAGCUGCUUGGAAAAUAUCUAACGGAUAGUGAGAGCAGCGACACGGAUUUUCAGCAGCAGCUACAACAGCACCAGCAGCAGCAACCCCACAAGGUUUAUGUGUGCAGCGAGGCAGCAGCUGAGGCAGCAACAGCAAUGCCAACAGCAGCGCCGUCUUCGUCAAUGGAGAAGCGUGUAACGCGCAAUAGCGCUGGACGCGCAGCCGCAAUAGCAAUGGCAACAAACACAGCAACAAUAACUGCCCUCAACAACAGCAGCAGCAACAACAGCAACAACAACAUUAACAGCAGCAGUAGCAGCAGCAACUUUAAAACAACGAUUACAAAUUGUAAUAAUUUAAAUAGUAGUAAUAGCUGUAGAAAUAAUGUUAGCGGUAGAUAUAGUGAUCGCAAGCAAAAGCCGAGCGAGCCAACAGCAGCAGCGACGGCAACGGCGACGACGGCAUCGAUAGCAACAACGUUAACGUUAUCAAACAUUGCGCAAUGCACGCCGACGCCCUCGUCGUCUUACUGCUCGGCGGGCGACCAACAGCAGCAACAACAUCAACAGCAGCAGCUACAGGCAACGGCAGCAGCAGCGGCAGCACGAAAGAACCUCAUGUCCACUUUUGAGCAUGCAACAAAGCGUCAGGCAACAACAGCAACAACAGCAGCAAUAGCAGCAGCACCAUCAGCAGUUGCAACAGCCGAUUUUGCUGCGGAGCAGCCGGGCAAGCAGAAGCGCAGUAGACGCGCCGCAGCGCUUGUAGCUGCACAGCAUAUACAUUGCGAAGCCGUUGGUAACGUGCAGCAACGCAAGAGACAACAACAACAGCAGCCAGCAGCAGGAGCAGCAACAAUAACGGCAACAACAGCGGCAGCAUUAGCAAAAAUAAGCAGCAGCGCUGUGGAGCCGCUGCUUAAAACGCCCGCACGACGGCUGAAGCUAACAUUGCGCAUGAAGCGUUCGCCCAUACUGGAUGAAGUAUUUGAACUGGGAACCAGCCUCAGCGAGGAGCGUCAACAUGCACUGCACAAUGGCACCAACAGCGGCAACAGAGCAAGUGCGCACGGCAACAGUGUAACAACUGCUGGCGGCGGUGCAAGCAGCAAAAAUGGUAUCAAUGCCUCCCACAAUGCCAGCAGUAGUAGCAGCAGCACUGGCAUUGAAUAUGAGAUCUUACGCAUGGAGGGCAUAUCAGAGCAUGGCAACGAUGAUGAUGAUGACGAAGAUGAGGAGGGGGAGGAGGAGGAGGACGACGACGAUGAUGAUGACGAGGAGGAUGAAGAACAGGACGACGAGGAGCUAGAAGUGGAGGAAGAAGAGCGCGAAGAGGAGCAAGUAGAAAUGGAGCAAGCACCUGCAGUUGAAAGCGAAAGCGAUGCCACAGAGUGGCGGCGCUGUAAAGAAAAAACGCGGCGUAGUCGACGCAGCGCCUUAAUAACUGCAACAUCAUCCCCGCCGCCAGCACCAGCAAUGCCUCUCAUAAGCAGCAACAGCAUCUAUGGCACUCCGCAAAAAAAAAGACUGCGCCUGAUUUUCGGUAACGAGUCCCACACAAUAGACAUUCCACCAGCAACAACAACAAUCGCAACACCAUCUGUAAAAGCAGCAGCAACUUCCGGCAGCGGUAUUGAUGAGCUCAAUUGCAGCGGGAUCAGUGCAAGUGAAGAAUCCUUUAAUGCUUCCUACGCCAGCAGCACCAACGUCAGCGGCAGCGGCACCAGUAUGACUGUCAAUACUUCCUCGCUUAACAGCACGCCCACAUCCACGGCUUCUAUGGCCGAUGAUGUACCUGUUGAGUCAGCGACAACAACAUCAACGUCAACAGCAACAACGCACCCAGCAACAGUAGCAGUAUCUGCAGCAGUAACAUCCAUGGCAACAUUAGCAACUCGACAGCCCGCAGCCGAUUCGCCAACAUCAACAACAUCCAGCGUCAGUUCAUUUCAAUCGGCCUGCACUUCAACAACUAAUUUUUUUACACGCUCAAAAUCUCCAAUUUGCUAUCAGAUGAACGGCAGCCGCAGCAACAGCAGCUAUAACAUGGCCUACUACCAACAGCAGCAUCAGCAGCAGCAACAACAACAACAGCAGCACCAACAACAGCAGCAGCAGCAGUGCAAAUUUGGCAUCAGCAGCAGCAGCAUCAAACGUGCUGCGGAGCUGACGCAGGCUGUUGUCAGUAGUAGCAACAGCAACAGUAACAGCAACAAUAACAGCAGCCACAGCAACAGUAGCAACAACAGCUCAACAAUAACGAGCAGCAAUGGCGCAACUGGCGGACCGAGCAGCGGUUCCAGCUCGCACAGCUUUCUGCCACAAGCUCUGACUAUGACCAAGCACACGUUUGGCACAUGUGCUCUGGUGGCACCCACCAGCUUUGCUGGUCUACAGCAACAACAACAGCAUCAGCAGCACCAGAAUCAUCAUCAGCAGCAGCAGCAUCAUCAUCAGCAGCAGACAACAAAGCUGGUAGCUGAACAGCAGCAGCUGCCGUCGUCAACCUCGCCGCAGCAGCAGCUGCCAUAACAAACAACACAUCAUCACCAUCAACAACUACAACAUAGCAACAAAUAACCAACGACUGAUCUCUAUGCAAAUUGACUGCACUGCUGCCAUUGCCAACAAAAAAAAAAAACAAAAAACAA